GUGUUGAAAUAGUUUUUCAAUAAUGCACACUCAGUCAUCGCAUAAACAUUUCAGCUCCUGAGUUGGAGGGAGCAAUAUCGGGAACACUCAUUUGUGCAAUGAUUCAGAAAGAAAGCGUCAUAUCAUGGUUCAAAGACCUCGAAGGAGAUGAUCGUAUUGACCUCAUGUGCAAUUUAUUAGACUGUUGCCUGCCGUGGGAAAUUCGAUUUUUAGGCACGUUUAUUGAAGCUCAGGUCCAGAGAGAUUACCCGGUGUUCCGACAACCUGAAAGUACGGCGAACAAUCCGUCUGAUCUGAGCUGUUUGUCAUGUUUGCACGAUGUACAUGUCCGUCGCAGGUUGUGUGUUUCACUGGCUUUGCUGCAUUCAAGCAAUCGUCAAGCAGCUUCGGUGCUGUUUGGAAUUAUCAAUGAAUUUCAGCCAUCGAGUCUGGGAGAAGAGGAAUUCUUCACUGAUCUGUCACUUUUGAUCACCAUGUCCGCUCACCACCCAGCGUUUUCAUUUCAUCAAAAACACACUUUGUCUUCAAAAUUAAAACAGCUCAAACAAUCAGCAAAUCAGACAUCAGAUUUAAGCGAGACUGUCUCCGAAUCAAGUAGUGGUUCUUCGACUUUUUCGUGUGAUCAAGAUGCCUCAGCAAAAAAGGAUGUUCGAGAUGACCUUUUGUUCGAAGAACAGCAAAAGAAAGAAUCUGUUGAAGAGAAAACCACGACAAAGGAAAUUCACAAAGUUGAGAGUGUAAAUGUCGGCGAUUCUUCCCUGAGUAAGGAUAACACUCUUAAAGAACUUCCAGUCUUUGUGAAAGAGAUAAAAGUGCAAGGCGUGCAAGCUGUUGAGAAAAAAAAGGAAAAGAGGUCAAAACAUGAUCCAAGAAAACACGAUGAUCAUUAUUACGUCUUACAGGUUUCUUGGUCAGACAACACCACAGAAACCAUUCACAGGACAUAUGAAGAGAUGUUUGACUUCCAGUGCAAGCUGCGCAAAAUGUACCCAAAUAAAGUUGAUGCAAGUGGCAAUCCUUGGAAGCUUCCUUUUUUACCUGGAAGAAUCAGAAUGUUUAACAAGCCUGAACCUAAAGGAGAAAAAUUGCCAAUCCCUGAUAUUUCAGAUUACACCAGGUUGUUUAGCAAUCUUCCUGAGUUUGUGCGAGGUUGUGAUCAUGUGGUGAAAUUUUUUCAAAGUGAAAAAAGAAUCAGAAGAAAAUCAGACAACAAAAAGAACAAGAGCAUAGCAAAAACAGAAGAACAAUCCAACUGUAAAGUCAAACAAAAUGAGUUUGAAUCACCCCAUAGAAUAGCUGAAGCUGUGAGGGAACAGUCACUUGGUAGAAAAGAUAAUGCCAAGAGUGCAGAUGUCACAAGCACAAAAAUAAAGAAAAAAACAAAUAGCUUGUCUUCUGAGGAGAAUGUUUCCAAGAACAACAAAACUUGCUCUGUGGGGAAAGAAUCAUUCGUUGACAUUGAUGAAAAUGGAAAUGAAGUGAAAUCGACUCUUUGUGAGACCUUUAAGGAAUUGGAGGAAAGUGAAAAGUCUGUUUCCAGUGAACAACAUUUCAAAAAUGGACUUAUUAAGAUGGCACCAAUGCAAACAUUUUCACUGUUGCCUUCAUCAUCAUCAUCAUCAUUGUCGACAUCAGGAUCUCUGUUGACAUCCACACAGGUUUCUUUGCCAUUAAAGCAGCCAUUUCAUACCACUCUUCAACCGAGUAACAUGUUACACAUGUUGAACACAAAUGGUUAUUCACUACCUCCAUCCCUAACAUCACUGCAAAUAACUCUUCCAUCCUCACCGAUUGCCUCUUAUCCUUCACCUUCUCCAUCUCCAAUCACUUCACCUGUCAUGUCUCCUGCCAACUCCCCGUCACUUUCACAUCGAUCAUGUUCUGGAAACAUAAACUGGACCUUGCGACAACACAGCCAAGCAGUGAAUGUUUGUGAUUGGCUAAGGAAUUUGAGACUGCACAAAUACUCUGAAGUUUUCAAGGGAAAGACCUUUAAUGAGAUGUUGAAAUUUUCUGAUAAAGAUUUUGAAAAACUUGGCCUAACGGCAGGAGCAAGGAGGAAGCUUCGCGUAAACCUGGAAGUUCUUCGGACAAGAGGUUGCUUCACAUCAAAUGGUUUAACAGUGGUAGACAUGCUCCCCUCACCUUCAAGCUGUGUAGUCAACCCAGCUCAAAGUCACAGUUCUGACAGUGAUUUCCUACGAAGUGUCAGUGAAAGUGACAGUGCCAGUGACUGUGGAAGUGACAUAUUGUCUGAACCAGGAACUCAGAUGUGUUCAAGUAUUUAUCCAAGGAGAUUUCCAGUCUUAAAUGGAUGCCAUGUGUCAUGUUACAACUGUGGAAGUCUUGGUCAUGUUGGUGGUCAAUGCAUGGCUCCAAACUUGGAUAAAAGAAUUCCCACAAGUUAUGGUAUCCAUUCAAGGUAUGAUGCACCACUAGAGUGUUAAUGACAGUUCAAACAAACAUGGGCAUUGCAUUGAUAGUUCUUACACUCAAACAAGAAAUAAAGUUCAUUACAGACAUGGUCAUCAAAGAGCCACAUAACUGAGCCAGAACAUGACUCGUGAAGAUGUUAUGUACAUGUCAUCUUCACUGCACUUGAUAUACACACUGUUAUCUGUGAGAACAUUUUCCAUUAAAUUUUGUAGCUAAUUAAGUAUUUGAAUUAUUUGGUGAAACCAAAAUGGAGGAACUGCUGUAGGCAGAGGUUGUCAUUUAGUGUAUUAGAGAAGGAGCAUAAACUUUUCUAUUUAGCCAUAAGAACUGGAGAAAAAGAAGGAAGAGUGUAUGGCUUUUACUUUAUUGCCUUGCACGGGUAGUGACAGAAGUUGCUCCCACUAAAUAAGCUAAGAUGGCCACUGUAUAAUUAGUCAAUUUAGGCUGAUGGUGCAGCAGUGAAGCCAAGAAAAAAAGAUAAAGACUAGGGAAAACCGAGAAACAAACCGGGACUGUCCGGUUAAAGAAACUAGUUUUACACCUCUCUAACUACUGUCAAGUUUCUGUGAACUACAACUUGAUAUUUAGGACAUAACUUUUUAAUGCAAUUGUAGUGGUAUUUCCUCUUACUUAAAACUUAAAGUAAGAGGAAGGACCACUGCAAUUGCAUUAAACAGUUAGGUCAUAUUGGUACUAGAUGAAACAGAUCAAAAGAGAAGUACUAAUUUAUUUUUCAAAGGAGAAUUAUUAACAACUGUUGCUCUGCAAGUGAUGUAAAUGGAGAUUUCAAAAAAUUAAAAUUAAUUUUAAGUUCAAGUUGAUCAAAAGUUAUUUUCCUGUGCUAGAAAGUUGUCACAAUUAUCGCCAUCUAGGAUUAGUUUUUGGAUAUUGUAAGGGGUAGAGAUAUGAAUUAUUUUUCAGCUCUGUUAGUGCCGUGCAAAGAAAAGGUCUAACAGAAGUACUACUUAACUAUUGUACUAAUACUUAAGUACAAGAUAGGAAUCUAUUGUCUCAGUAUCAAAAAUUAAUGUAUUUUCUGGACAUUUGAAAAAAGUAAUAUAUUUUCUAUCAAAUACUUGUAUUUUCUAUCAAAUACUUGUGUUCUCUGUUUGAAUGCACCAUACACUCUUAAAAGACUAUUGUUAUCUCAAUUCCCGUGACACACAACAUUCCACAGAAACAAAUGACACUUGCAGAAACAAAGUUAGGUGAGAGUGUAUGGUGCAAAGAAGAGGUCUUACAGAGGUACUUACUCCUACAAGAGAUAAUCUUAUUAGUCUAAUAGUUAUGUAUAACAUAGGAAUCUAGUCUCAGUAUUGCAAAUUAUAAUAUUUUCUGGACAUUUGAAGAAAGUGAUAUAUUUUCCAACGAU